AUGGCGUUCAUUUCGACGUUGCCAAACGCGGCCACGCCUAUCCAAGAAGACGAGAGUGAAUCUGGACUAGUCAGAAAAUAUUACACGAGACCAUCGACGAUUCCCCCAGUUUCUACGCUGUGUGAAGCCAAUACCGCCAUUGAUUGCAUGACUGGUGGUUAUCCUGGACAAAGGACACAGCUAAUCUGUAGAAUAAGUGGCACUGUUUCUAAAGGAAUCAUAUGGUCACGAACAAAUAAUGGACAGCAAGAAGAUGUGGUAUCUUGUAACACAGCCAACACUGUGUGUUUUCCACUGGGAAGACUGACAGGCUACAGAGCAGUUGAUGGACCAGAUUCUGUUACAAUCCGACCACAAUUUUCUGGGUAUGCAGCAGAAGGAGGGAGUUUGACUGUGAAUUGUGAAGCUGACUGUGAUCCACCGUGUGUCUUCUCCUGGAAACUGGGGACUCAGGAAAUCACAGCAAACUCUCAGUUAAAACUGAGUAACAUCAACAGGAGUCAGAACGGGAAUGUUUACACAUGUAAAGUGACUAACACGGUUAUACCAAAAUCUAACAGUAAACAGUUCACACUGAGAGUAUACUAUGGUCCAGACAGUGUCCAGAUCACCUCGAAUUCUUCACUGACAUUGAAGGAAGGUGACGAUGUAGCUAUGUCUUGUGGAGCUACUAACUGUUCUCCAUCCUGUUCUUUCACGUGGAAGUUCAAAUCUCCGAUAGAACCAACCAGUUCUGUGUUGUCCUUAAAUAACAUACAGAGAUCAGCAGCUGGUGACUAUACGUGUACGGCUAGGAACACAAAUACACAGAAAUCAUUAGAGAAGAAAAUUAGUCUGGACGUGCAGUACCAAUCUUCAAUCACUUCUGUGACUUUGAACUCUCAGUAUACACCGGUUACAGUUGAUGAGUUAACUCCUAUGACUCUGAGAUGUGAUGUUGACAGUAACCCAGGAUCUCACAUUAAACUGUUGAACAACUCACAGACUUCGCGUGAAGUGACACACUCUAAACAGGCUGAGUACACGUGGAACGAGGCUGGAUGUCUGGAUGCAGGACACUACACGUGUGAAGCGGGAAACAACAUCAAGUCAGCUGUCAGUGAAAGUGUCCAGCUUGUUGUGAGAUGUUCACCAAGACUAGACCAUCGAGUUCCAUUCCAGAAAGAGUUUGCAGCGGCAGUAGGUGGUGAUGUAACUCUGAAUAUAUCAGUGAUUGCCAAUCCAUCACCGACAUUCACCUGGUACAAACUGACUGAUGGAAACAAACACAGUGUUGGGUCUGGUAGUUCAUCUACAACUGACGUAUCUGCUGUUGGGAAACUCACACUAACAAAUGUUCAGCAGGGAGAUAUUGGGACCUAUCAGGUUGUGGUGUCUAAUGGAGCUAAAAACACAGAUCUUGUGAAGAACCUGACAUUUGAUGUAGCAGGUCCUCCGAAUAUUCCCUCUGAUCUCAAAUCAUGGAGCAGUGAUCCACACUCGGUCUCAGUUGCUUGGCUGGAAGCAUUUAAUGGAGGCUCAGAGCAGACGUUUGUUGUACAAUACCGAUCAGACACAUCAGCACAGUGGACAAACCUCACUGAAGUCAUUCCAGAAAACGGUGUUAACACCAUUCAGAAAGCUGUCAUAUCAAAUCUUCAGCCAAAGACUAUCUACCUAGUGCGGAUUUUGGCUUAUAACAGAUAUGGAUACGAAGACUUUACCAAGGAACAGGAAGCUUUGACAUUACCUCCAGGUGAAUCUUUUCUGCCAACAUCAUCAAACGAAGUAAUCGGGACAGGGAUUGCUAUUGGGAUUUUGAUAGGGAUUACGAUUGCUGUCUUGACAGAGACAGUCUUUGUCAUUUUGUGGAGACGAGGUUAUGUGUGUGCUUCUUCAAAAUCAGAUGGGCAGCAUUCUAAAGAACUUGUUAACUCUGAUGACCAGACAAAUACUUACGAGGGACUUGGAACUCGAGAUGAUACGCCAUAUGCAAAAAUGGAACUUUAUGAAAAUCUCAAGACAUGA